CUCAGAAUUUUUGAGAUAAUGUGCCGAUCAAGUCGGCUGUUUCCUCCUUCUCGUUUUUUCUCAAUCGGCGACAUGGUGAAGAUCGGCCAAAAUUUAAACCUCCGAACUUUUUUCCGUGUAUUUAAGUAGUAGAAUCAUGAAUCUCUGCUUUUUCGCAAUAAACAACUUCAUUCUACUCAUUAAAAAUUGUUUCCCUUAAACGGAAAUCCUGCAGAGACUUGAGAAUGGCUGUUGAAAGUAUCAACGCCCAUGUGGCCCCUCCGACUUGGACAAUCGACAAUGUCUCAGCAAAGGGUGUGCCUUAUUACACUCCUGUGCAAGAACCUGCUUCGGGUACGGCGAGAGGCAUGAAGAAAGACGGGGAGUUGCCGAAGUUGUUCACGCCGCUUACCAUUCGUGGCCUGACGUUCCAAAACCGACUGUUCUUGGCCCCUCUCUGCCAAUAUUCCGCCAAGGACGGUUACGCUACGGACUGGCACCUUACGCAUCUCGGCGGAAUCAUCCAGCGAGGUCCUGGCCUGGCUCUCAUGGAGUCGACUGCUGUUCAAAAAGAGGGUCGCAUCACUCCCCACGAUAUUGGCUUAUGGGAAGACGGGCAGAUUGAGCCUCUGAAAAGGAUCAUCGACUUUGCUCACAGCCAAAACCAGAAAAUUGGGAUCCAGCUGAGCCAUGCAGGGAGGAAAUCAAGCACCGUUCCCCCGUUUCUGCAUAUGAAUGCAACUGCAACCGAGGAAGUUGGUGGUUGGCCGAACAGCGUCUACGCGCCCUCUGCGAUUCCCUUCAACGAUGCGUACCCUCAACCGAAAGAGAUGACCAUCGACAACAUCAACGACUUCAAGGUUGCAUUUGUUGAGGCAGCCAAGAGGGCAGUCAGAGCCGGUUUCGACGUUGUAGAAAUCCACGCGGCUCACGGUUACCUCAUUCACCAGUUUCUCAGCCCCAUUAGCAACCAGCGCAAGGAUCAGUACGGCGGAAGCUGGGAGAACCGCACCAGAUUGGUUCUGGAGAUCACGGAUCUCGUGAGAGAAGCUAUCCCCGAAGAUAUGCCUCUGUUUGUCAGGAUCAGCGCGACUGAUUGGUUUGACAACCUCAAGGACGAGUUUCCAGAAAGCUGGACGGUGAAGGACUCCUGCAAAUUGGCACCACUUCUCGCCGAACGAGGUGUUGAUUUCCUCGACGUCAGCUCGGGCGGCAUCCACCCCAAGCAGUCGACCAGCAUCAAGUCAGGCCCUGGAUACCAGGCCCCUUUCGCAUUGGAGAUCCUGGAGGCUGCCAGAGGCAAGAUGGUCGUUUCAGCGGUGGGAGGCAUCAGCACGGGGAAGUUGGCAGAAGAGCUCUUGCAGCAGGGCCUUGAUGUCAUCAUGUGUGGACGAUGGUUCCAGAAGAACCCAGGGCUCGUGUAUGCCUAUGGAGACGAAUUAGGGGUGGAUGUCAAGAUGGCCAACCAGAUCGGAUGGGGCUUCAGUGGUCGAGGACGAAAGAGAGAGUGAGGAGUCGUGAAAAAUACGAUCACUAAGUUCGUGGAAAGGUUCUCGCGCGGUUCUUGGAAGGUCAAACCCCCAGUAAAUUGAAUUAGUUUCCAAAAUUCUUGUUAAAAUUGUAGACGAUUUCUUUUUUAUUUGAUCAAAUUUACGAAAGUG